UGCUAAAUUAUGCUUACAUGAAUUUCAACAAAAGUACGCCCAGCGACCCACUUGGAAGCUUGGAGCUAAACACGUAAUUAUCUGUUUUAAAUGCCAUUUUUUUUUGGAUCGGGCCAAUAUGACGUGUAAUAAUUCCAACAUCCUAGUUUAACAAUGUUUUAGGUCCUGGCCUGGCCCACACUACAAUUCAACAAUUCUUGGAACUUUCUUUAGAUUCUAUAACACAGCCGCCGCUUAGUCCUCCUCUCUCGAUACAAUUGAGGUUUAUGUUUAUGCUUUGAUUGCUUUCUAUGUAAUUAUGUAUAGAUAUAGAUGACGACGCAUUUUGUUGCCGCCGUCGCCGUCGCCGUCUUGACAGCCGCCCUGAUAUGUCCGCCGUCCGCCGUGCAUGCUCUCGGCGGCUCCUCCGCCACGCUGGCCGUCAUGUACGGCUCCACCGUCGCAGUCUGCGGGAUAUCCGCCGGAACACCGUUCCAGGAAAUACACUGCCGGGAAAACCGCCGGAAAACGCCGCUAGCCGUGUAUCCGAACGUCUCCUUCGAUUCAAUCGCCGGCGGACUCGACGUUCUCUGCGGCGUCCUCUCCGGCGGGUCCUCGCUGGUUUGCUGGGGCCCCACUUUCGCCCCCAAGAGACUCUACUGGAAUCCCGCCGCCCCAAUCUCCGCCAUUUCCAUCGGCGACACCCAAAUUUGCGGCGUUAAUAACCAGUCCGAUCAUAACGUGAUUUGCUGGCGGGGCGACCCGGUAAAAUUAAACGGGUCACCCGAGAUUGUGUCGAUCUCAUCCGGGUUAGGGUUUUCUUGUGGAGUAGUGAAAAUUUUAAACAGAGUUAUAUGCUGGGGAGAAGAUAACGAUAAAGCUUCUAUCAUAGAAUCAGAGUUUAAGAAUGAAUCAAUGGUGGAUAUAAACGCCGGCGGGAGCUUCGCCUGCGGAUUUAACACUACAGGGUUUGUUAUCUGCCGAGGAGAGAAUCUAAACGGCCAAUUGGAAGUUCCGCAAAAUUCGGCUUACGGUUACAGUGGAUUAUCUUUAGGGCUAAAUCACAGCUGCGGAAUCAGGAGAUUGAAUCGCACAGUGAUUUGCUGGGGCGGAAAUGGAAUCAGAGCGUUAGAAGGAAUCUCAUUCGAAUCCAUAAUUUCGGGGUUUGAUUUCACCUGUGGAUUGAAAACCAGCGAUUUCUCCGUGGUUUGUUGGGGCCCUGGCUGGGCCGGAGAAGACGAUGGUGAGAUUCUUUUGCCGGAGAUUCUCCCCGGCCCUUGCGUUCAGAGUAAUUGCAGUGAAUGUGGCGUUUAUCCUCAGUCUCAAUCUCUCUGUUCCGGCAACGGCAAUAUUUGCCGGCCAUGUGAUCGUUCAAUCCCAAUCCCAAUACCAACUGGGACUAAAUUUCCGGCCAAAGACCCGAAAGGGCUUAGAGGAGGUUUAUUGGCCUCCACAAUUUUAGGAUCAAUCGGCGGAUUUUCCGGGAUUUGCACAUUACUCUAUUGCCUAUGUGUCUGUCUCCGAAAACAAAAAAUCCACAAUUCUGUUCAACCUACCAUUAAUGGCGGCACAAACAGUCCAAUUUCAAGAUCCUCUACGCUCAAACGCCAAGGCUCACAGUUUAUGCGGCGGCAGAAAAGCGGAACAUCAUCCAAACGGACUGAAACAGCAGCAGAAUUCGCCUUCUCCGACCUGCUUGCCGCCACCAACUGUUUCUCCCUGGAAAACAAAAUCGGCGCCGGGAGCUUCGGGGUAGUGUACAAAGGAAAACUCCCCGACGGCCGUGACGUGGCAAUCAAGAGAGGCGAAACGGGGAAUAAUAAUAAUAAACCACCCAAGCGUUUCCAGGAGAAAGAAAGCGCGUUUGAAUCGGAACUGGUGUUCAUGUCCAGGCUGCACCACAAGCAUUUGGUCAAGCUGGUUGGGUUCUGCGAGGAAGACGAUGAGAGGCUUUUGGUUUAUGAGUUUAUGAAGAAUGGAGCGCUGUAUGAUCAUUUGCAUGAUAAAAGUAAUGUGGAAAAAAGUUGCAGUGUUUUGAAUUCGUGGAAGAUGAGGAUCAAGAUCGCAUUGGAUGCCGCUAGGGGGAUUGAGUAUCUUCAUAGUUAUGCAGUUCCGCCGAUAAUCCACCGGGAUAUCAAGUCCUCUAAUAUAUUGAUCGACGGAGAUUGGACCGGUCGUGUCGCCGAUUUCGGUUUGUCGUUGAUGGGACCGACGGAAGAAGGGAGUUGUGAUUACAGCCGCCCGAUGAAGGCGGCCGGGACGGUAGGGUAUAUUGAUCCGGAGUACUACGGGCUAAACAUCUUGACGGCAAAGAGUGAUGUGUAUGGGCUCGGGGUGGUCCUGCUAGAACUCUUGACUGGAAAAAGAGCGAUUUUUAAGAAUGGCAACGAGGGUGUUGCGCCGAUGAGCGUUGUGGAGUACGCGGUGCCGGUGAUCAUGGCGGGAGAAUUGGAGAAGAUUUUGGACGGGAGAGUUGGGCGGCCGGAGAGGAUGGCGGAAGCGGAGGCUGUAGAGCUGGUUGCGUACACUGCGAUGCUUUGUGUAAAUUUGGAAGGGAAAGAUAGGCCCACCAUGGCGGACAUUGUUGCUAAUUUGGAGAGAGCUUUGGGUCUUUGUGAUGACAGCCAUGGCUACCUCUCCAGCGAUGAAAUCUCCAUUAUUUCUGAGUGAAAAAACAAUCACUCAAACCAUUGAGAACUUCUAUCUUUCUUUUGUUUUUUUUCCACAGUUCCACUUGUAAAGUUUUCACUAAUUUAUAUCAUCAUAUUCUUGUGAUGUAAAUGGCAGAAGUAGUUUUCUAAAUUCAAUUGUGAUUUUUGUACACUGCUGACCUAAUGGAAAAGUUAUCACUUUUGACAAUUUAAUAUCAAAGUUUUGGGUUGAAUGGUA